AUUUUUAUGAGAAGUGAGAACAACCAAGUACUCGUAUCGUUGAAGAAUAAAAAAACCAUUUCUUCUCUCUUUUAUUAAAGAAAUAAAAGGUCAGUAUUUUCCUAAAGGGCAAAAAAAUAAAAUAAAAAUAAAAACCAAGUUUGUUCGGUGAAGUUGGGAAAUGGCGUUCUCCUCAAACCCCUUAUCCCUCAGCGUCCCAGAUCCCGCCUUCGAGUCAUGGCUCCGGGACUCCGGCUACCUCGAAAUCCUCGACCACCGCACUUCCUCAAUUCCCACCACAUACUCUGAUCCUUCCACCACUACCUCAGCCAACUCAACCAUCACCAGCGGCCUCAUCUCCCUUCUCCUCACGCUCCUCUCUCUCUUCACCUUCAACCCCUUCUCCAAGCUCACCACCGAAGACUUCUCCGGUCAAACGCCGUCCUGGAGUUAUGGGUUUGUGGGGUGCUGCGACUCCUACUCGUUCCCGUCCUCCCCGGCUCAGGCCAGGCUGCGGGUCCACGAGAAUGUCAAGCGCUAUGCCAGGAACUAUGCAACCCUCUUUAUCCUCUUCUUCGCCUGCACCCUGUAUCAGAUGCCGCUUGCUCUCAUUGGAUUGUUAUCAUGUUUGGCACUAUGGGAUGGUUUCAAGUUUUGUAGUGACAGAUGGGGAUUGGAUCGUUACCCAGUAAUUCAACAGUGUCUGGUUCGCAUUGCCCAAUUUGUGGCUGCUGUUAUUGUUAUAUGUUCUAAUGUUCAGAUGGCUCUGUUCUGUGCACUUGGUGUCAGUUAUACAGGCAUGAUUUUACAUGCUGCAUUUCGGAAGCUGACUCCUGCAAAGCAGCCUCCUCGUGGGAGAAGCAAGUAGUAGGCUUGAGCAAAAUAAGUAAACGAUGAAUUUGCACUUUCACCUUCACAAACUACCACCUAUUUUUUGUUUUGCACCCUAAACUACAAGUAGGUUUCACUUUGCACCUUCAAUUCAAAUAUGGCCUUUCAGAUUUUACGAUGCGGCUAAUUUUUUGGUCAUCUUAACAGUAUGAUUUUAAGCAAAGGUGUAAGCUGAAAACUAUAGGUUGAUUAGGGUACAAAUUUAAAUUUUGUGGUUUAUGGUGCAAGGUGAAAAGUAUGUGGUGGUUUGUGGGUGAAAAGUGUAAUUACCCUUGAGCAAAAAUAUGUUUAGAUUUAGUCUAAGGCCUUUUUACUGCAAGAGAUCAACAAUUUUGAAUCCCAACUCUGAUGGAGAUGAUGGUGCUUACCAAGCUGAUGGUACAUACGCAAGGUCAUGAUGCUUUUUGGAUAAUUUUUUUAAGCUCACCUCCGCGAAAUGCUAAAUUAUAAUCAGGUCGUUUGAGCAAAGAAUUGGGUGGCUUUCCCUACUCAUCAUGUCAAAGUAGAGACGUAUUAUUUUUCUUAAGCAGCUGUGAACGAGUUAUAUAGUGGAUGUUACAUAUCUUA